CUUUGGCCCAUCAAAUCUGUGGAUGCAUUGAGAGUACGCAUGCCCCUCAAACAAGGGGCAUGUACUGACUACCUAGGUACCUGGAUAUCGCUGCUUUCCUCAAUGACGCUCCAGCAUGACUUUGCGCGCCAACCAUCUGUACUGUAAUGGUCCUGAAGUACAAGGCGCGUUUGGCGUGGACACGCUCCCUCUCACCACAGUUGCCCACAUCAUCUCAUACCUGGAUGACGAUGUCGCGUCCCUUGCGCGACUUUGUCGCACCUCGCGCGUCCUUUGGUACAUGACCCUGCCGCAUCUGUGGAAAAAUGUCACCUUGAAAUCAUACAGCACUAUUCGCUACAAGGACGAGGUGCCCGAGGGAUUUGGGAGUGCGAGUCCUUUCUCCAUGGGUCUCAAUGCCUUGGUAACAAGAAAUGUGUCGGGUUUGGUUCGCUCCCUGACAUUGGACGGAGAAUACAGUGCUUCGGAUCUACAUGAAUAUUCAAGAGCUGGUCGCGUCUCGGAGAGCAUUAUGGUGCUGAACAUCGCUCUUCGGGCAGCUAUUGACCAAUGUACCCAUCUCGAGCGAUUUCGGUGGGAUAUGGACGUCAGACUACAGCCAAACAUGUAUGCUGGACUGGCGAAGCUUUCUCGACUGGAGGAACUUUGGCUUCGCUUCCCUACGAACCGCUCCCCCCAGCCAUCACACGACAUCCCGCCUUUGCCGAAUCUCAAGUCCUUGACAAUAACACACUACGAUCCUCUAUGUUUUCCCGAUGACAUCUCCACCCUGCUCCUCCACGCGACACGCCUCUCGAGCCUUAUCUUGCACUUCUCACCCCGCAUGCGCGAACAGGGAGAACCUUCUGUUGUGCUUACGCAUUUCUUUCGGAAGAACGCUGCGGCAAAACGGAAACUUCGUCUGCGCAAAAUGGGUGUGUAUAACCUCUUCGCCAAUGCCGACACAACAGAGUGCCUUGCUGCAUUUGAUCCCAGCACUAUCAAGGAUGUGACGGUAUUAAAUACGUUUGGGUUGGAUGGGGACGCCGUUGUAGCCGGGCGGGAAAGCACAACCCAUUUUAUCGACCGCACAUGGCAUAUGAUGGUGAACACCAAAGAAAAUCAACCGAAGCCCAAAUCGCUGAGGUUAGAUCAGUUGCAUAAAAGACAUGCGAUGGAUUUGGCUCAGUUCGUUGGCUUGGAAAGAUUGUAUCUUGUCAAUGCAAGAUAUAAACCAAGCAGGUCUAAUGGCACCAUGGCAGAUUGCAAUGGGCAAGACCGCAGCAAUGACAUAGGCAGUUCGGACUCUACCCCUACCUCCGCCGAGCACUCCCCUUGGUCCAGAUCAAUUGGUAACGGAACCGCCUCUGCCAGGAAUACGCCUAGCAGCUCGACCUCCUGUUCGGCGACAAUCUCCCUGAGGGACCUCUACAUCACCAACAUCUGCACCGUCUGUGGUCCUACGCUUCAACACCUCAUUUUGCCUUCUCGUUGGCCUCUGCCGACCUCCAUAACCGCCCGCCUCAUCCGCUCGUGCCCGAACCUAACACAGCUCGCCGCCGCAAUUGAUUGUCUUGAGGAGUCGCAGGCAGAGAUGUUGAGGUUACUGAUGCCGUUUCUAAGCGAACUGUGGGCUAUCCGCGUGCUUGCUCCUUCAUUUCCGCCGGAUCUCGCUGUCGGUGGAGAGGAUGGAAGGAAAAGCAGAGAAGCGCACGACAAUUUCGUGGCUCUCUCGGAUUAUAUGCACGAGCAGAAGAUAAGUGAGGCUCUGUCCGAGCACAUUGGCCCAGGAGGAAUUGAGCCGCCGGACUUUCCCAAAUUGAAGUAUAUUGGGCUGGGAAAUAAGAUUUGGGAAAUUGGAGGAGUUGUGGAGGAGGCGGUUGGAGAGAAAUCCAAUUCAGGAGAGGAGCUCCGCGAAAUCAACGGUAAUGGCCACCAUGGGGAGGGAAACAAGUCGAAGGAGGGAACCGUAUACAGGCGGCGAGUGAGGAGAGUGGAGGAGAAGGACGUACAACACGUUGAGAUAUGGAAGAUGGAUACGUUGGAUAUCGUUUGACCUAACGGAGUCCGGCAAAAGUUUCUCCUGGCACCAUAAUAUCCAAAGCGGUUUCUCUUGGGGGAAUAGAUGCAUGGAUGGACUGUAUCAGCUGAUCUGGACGAUGUUGCCACGCACCGAAGAUUUGGGACUCUCACCUCUUGCUCGUGCCUGUGGGUUAGACCUUUGGCUGGCACAGCCAGAAAAGCCGGGCGAAAAGUCGACAUAGUUAGACAUUGUACGCUUAUGACCAAUUUUCCCAUAGGAGCCGUAGUGAUCAAGCGCACAAAAGGCAUGUGAUGGCUUGAUGCGCUAUCAGUGCAAAAAGGGGGCCGCAGGAUCAGAUUCAGGGAGGCAGCUCUCUUAUGCGUUGUAUCUCGAAGUAACGAUAGAAGGAAGGAAAGGCGAAGAAUUAAGCUUGUCCGUUAUAGCGCGAGGGGCGAUCUUAGGGGGCAAAGGGUCGAGUGUAUCCUGCAUUAAUUACGGGCUGUUUCCCAGAAUGGUGGUCGGAAAGUUGGAAAUUCUCUUAAGACAGGACACUUCAUGCUUGUGUAUUGCAUCCACCCCAUCUAUGUAGG